AGAAGAGGUCAAGGGUUAAACGCAAGUAUACGUGACGUCACCCGUCGUGGAGCCGUGCGUUGGAUCCGUCUUCCCCGGCGUGUGACCUUCAGUGCGCCAGCGAGCCAGCAUGACGUGGGGAAUAGCAUUGGUGGCGUCCGCCGCCAGGGGGCUCUGCCGGCCGACGCGUCGCACGACGGCCGACCUUACGAGGAAUUUCUACACUCGCAGCAAGUACACACCGCGGAGGGCAGUGCUGUACGUUCCGGGCAACGACCGGCAUAAGAUCGAGAACGUGGCGAAACUGAAGGUCGACUGUGCCGUGCUGGACUGUGAAGAUGGUGUCGCAGCUAACAGGAAGAUCUGCUACAAGUUACAGGUGCACUUACAACAGUACAACCUCUCGGUGAAGGUCAACCUCAUACUGUACAUCGAGAGUGCGCAGGGCCUCAUCAACCUGCGCGAAAUAUGCAGCAAGGGAAUCGACAAGUCGGCGUUGGGAAGCUUCCAGCUGGACGGCAUUGUGUUCGGCUCCGACGACUACAUCGCAGACAUCGGGGCGACUCGCACCAAGGAUGCGAGUGAGCUGAUCUACGCUCGGCAGAAGAUCGUAACUGUCUGCAAGGCCUUCCGUCUGCAGGCCAUCGACCUCGUCGACAUCGACUACAAAGAUCUGGACGGACUACGGGAGCAGGCGGUCGCCGGCGCGCGGAUGGGCUUCACAGGGAAGCAGGUGAUUCAUCCGAAUCAGAUCCCCGUCGUUCAGGACGCCUUCUCGCCGUCGCCUGAGAUGAUCGAGUGGGCGACCGAACUCAUACGCGCCUUCGACGAGCAGCAGGAGUCCGGGCAG